AUGACACAGGAACGACUGCAAUCAAGGCGAAGAGCACAACCGGCAAGAAAUAGGGGGCCGUUGCCUUUCGCACCUUACAUCACAGAGCCGCCUGUACUAGCGUGCGACCACGCUGAAGGGGUGGUUGACGGUCACGACCGUCUAUUGUACGCCGUCGACGACGUCCUCAACUCCUCAGUGCUACACCACUGCGCUUCGAGGUUCAUCACCAAACUCGCCGACUCUGACUCCAGCGUGUCUGUUUGUGACUGCAUGUGCAAAGAGAAGGACUGCGAGUUGUUGUCAGCGGGAGAAUUGCCCAACCGAGACUUGCUCACUGCCGACGCCAAGCUUACCAACUGUGACGCGGUGAGGCCGUUGUUUUUCACCUAUCUUGGCGACAAUAGCAACCUCCUCAAUGGUCUUGUUUUGCAACGAGAGGGUUUCGAGAGCACGGCGCCACACCGAUUGCGGGUUUGCUCCAUCCGCUUGGCGGACCUCCGGAAGAACAAAUGCCCGAAAGCAGCCAAAGCAAACGUUUUUUUUUUGGGAGAUUUCCCGGCAGAGCUGAAAGAGGCCACGUGGGUUGAGAUGUUGGCGGCGGGCCCUGUCAGGCUAAGCGGGACUAUAAUCGCCCUGGAACAGCUAAAAUCGGUCGUGUGCCUGGUAUCCGAAGCCAACCUUCAGGGGUAUCCAGAGGACGGGUCCACGCCGCAAGCUAUUCAAGACGCCCUUAUCUCUGUCACUGAUAGAAGAAACACCGUCGCAGCAGCUCGAUCCACGCACGCACACGGCAAUCGUGAACCUGAGCAGCCUGUCGGUGGUACUAGCGGUAGUGAUGGACAACGCGACGGAGAGGAUUCGGACAGACAGGGUAGCGGUGAUGUCAACGGCGAUGAUGACGACGACGGCGUACUGCCUCCGUGUGUGAAUGAAACCAAAGCCGUCAUGCCUUCAGGGAGCGAUCUUGCCAAAUCGUCCCAGUACAGGCCUACUAGGCUACGAGCGUUGCAAGCGGAGUUGAGUUUGUCCGACUCCACGGGACCUGCGUCUCUUGCGCAGAAGCACAAGAGCUUUUUGUUCUUUGUCUGUGUACUUAUUUUCAGGCGAGAAGCCAUCAAGAACGCUCGUUGGAAACUAACUGGCAGGGUGUCCAGGCGCACAGCCGAAACGCUUGCUACAAUUACCCCGGAGGAUUUGGCUGCUGCUGGGAAGGAAAUGGAGCAGGGCAGCAGUGCAUGGUCUGCCUUGGCCAACCGCAAUGCUGUUCGCACGUUGCUCACGACCAUGGAAUCCGUGCACGCCGGCUCAUCGUGGACCAUCUACAACAAAAGCGAGCGAUCCGUGGCUUCCGCUCUCUAUUACCACUCGGUCACCGACGCGGUCCUCACCUGGCUGCUUCGAGUCGAUGCGCGUGAUGGAGAUGGGGGAGUACUUGGGCGCGUCAAAGGAUAUCUGGGCAUGACCGAAGAACAACGCCGCGUUAUGCUCCAUUCCCAUGUCGUGGUAUGGGUGUACGGUUUCAACGAGUUUUCCAGCUUUCGCGAUCUUAUGGACAAGCGUCCGGAGAAGUACAAGCUUGCUCGGUUCUUGGAACGAGUCAUCUUCAACCAAGUCGCCUCUUUCGCGGAUGUCAACCUCGCCAUGCACGGACACGACCAUACGCCCAGAGCUUCGAGCGAACUCGAACCGGAGAACGUCUCUGAUCCACUCGUGCGGCCCGCUAAAGAGAGAAUGGCCCAACCACCAUCACCAGCAUGCUUCCCCCGUCAAGGCGUCAAGCGUUGUCCCGUCCACGACGACAGCUACGCCCGUCUCAUGUACCUCGACCUUGCGGAACUGGUUCCUGGGGCGCAGUUACAUCGCUGCCAACCAACUUGCCACAAAUUCAACAACAGGAACAAGUGCAGAUUUCGGUAUGGAGACAAGGCCAAAUCUUUAGAGCAGGAAACUACCUUGUUCAGGGGUCCCUGUACGUUCCACACCAACGGCGGCAUGACCAUCAGCGGAGUUGUCUAUCCCCCGGGAGAUCCGUCGACGGCAGAAAGUAUGGUCGCUGCUCAGGCUUUUCAGAACGCUUUCAACGAGUGCGUCUCUGUAGCUUCUGAGCCCGAGUCCGACCGCUUCACGGCCACCGUGCGCCGCCUCAGCACCCACAUCAACCCCUACAACCCCAUCAUCCACUUCCUCAUUCGUUCCAACAUGGACUCGAAAGUUAUGCUCCGAGAUUCCGACGCGAGGGGACUGCUUUACUAUGUGCUUCAUUACUCGACGAAAUCGGAGCAGACGUUGGACGUGUUGUUGCCACUUCUCUUCCUCGUCGUACAACGAAAAAGAUGCGAGAAGGAAGGAGAGCCGGCCAAAGAGACGGCGGUGCGACUCGUGAGAUCUUGCCUUUGCAAGCAACUCACAAGCCUCAACAUUGACGGGCCGGCUGCAGCGAGCAAGGUUUUCGGCUUGCCUGAUGCCAAAAUCUCACACACGACAGCGCCCUGCUCAAUGAGGCCGUCGCUUGCAUGGGCACCGUCUAGAGACGCUCCAGAUGAAGAACCCGACGAUGGCGACUCCACCAGCGGAGACGACCAAGAGGACUCUGGCGAUGAGGCAUCGGAUGAUCAACACGGAGUUGUCGUAUCGGUUGUAGGUGGUCGCCUGACGGUGAACCAAAGGGCUCACGUUCUCUACCUUCACCGGUGUCUGCUGAAAAUACGGAGCAUGCCCUGCACGGUCAUGCGUCAGGGCCCCGUCAUGGUCAACAUCAUGCGGGACAUCCCACGUUCCGACACCAAGCCCGAAGCUCACUGCCGCCUCCUUCUGUGCACGUUUGUGACAUUCUUUGAGCAGGAUGACCUCAAACUUGUUGGAGACUCCUGGACGACCGCCAUGGCUAACGUGGAACAGCAUGACAGGUGGGACAAGCACAAAGCCAUUCCGACUAAACAUACUGGCAUGCUGCGACUACGAAUCGCUGCCGACGAAGAGUGGGCUAACAGGAAGGAAGAGGAAGCUUUCGUUUCGGGCAAUCGUGGGCAGGAGAUAGAAAUGGGAUCGGACGGCGGGUCGGGUGACGUCGAGUGCAUCACCACGUUGACCGCCACAUCGGCUGAGGCGGCUUUGGCACGACAAGAAUCAACCUUGACUUCAAUGAAAAACAGUCAGGCUGCAUCUCUGGGAGGGCGAACAGCGACCACACCAAACGCCGAUCCGCACCCCCCGACCAAUCAUUCCGAUCCUGUCGCCAUCGAACCGUAUCUCGUGCAGCUACACGAGACGUUAUGCGCUGGUUUGUCCCAGUCGAGUGUAAUAGCAUCAAACGCCAGACGAAACCGGAACAACCAAGAGGUAGCUCGCACAGACAUGGGAGCAGCAGAGCUUUCUCAGCACCCCGUGGCCUUCCGAAUUGCCCAGGAGUUCGGCUUAAACCGCGAGCAGAGGUUUGCCUUUUACAUUUUCGCCAACUGCAUGUUUGCCAAGAAGCGGUCUCACUCGCCCGCUCUGAUACUCUAUAUUGGUGGUGGCGCCGGGGCAGAGAAGAGUUGGGUGCUCAAGGCCAUCAAGACCUUCAUCGGUCCAGUACUUGCUCCCGGGUCGCGGGGUUAG